AUGGGCCCGGGGACGACCGGGACGCGGGACAACGGGCCCAGCUUCUGGCCUGAGGAGGCCAAGCUGCUGGGCUUCAAGGCACACAUCGGCAAGUACUACUCAAGCCCGAUGCGCCCCGGCGUCCUACUUAAGCUUAACCACUACCCCGCCGCUCUCCCGGAACUACCCGGCAGCGCCGGCAUCCACGCACACAGCGACCUUGAGAGAUUCACCAUCCUGUGCCAAGACGACGUCAAAUCGCUCGGGGUCCUCUCCAAGGACGGCGGCUGGGUUCCAGCCGACCCCACCCGGGGAUUCUCGUCGACCAGCAACACGUUCCUAUCGGUGAUCCACCGCGCGUACAACCGCGAGGGCCGUAGGUGGUACUCGGUGCCCUUCUUCGGCGCCGACUACGACGCCGUCACGGAGGCGCCACCUAACUGCGUCAGCGCCGCGCCGCCCGCCCGCUACGCUCCGGUCACCGCCGGCGAGCACGUUCGCCAGAAGCUCUGCCUCACCUACCCCAUACACGUCCCAGCCGCUUAGAGGACGCAGCUAUCCCCGAACAGGUAGGUAGGUGAUAAUAGUGAGGCUAGAGGGCUUACGCCGAGGAGCGAUAAGAAGGGUGAAGGUGGAGGAGUGGAGGAGUAAGGCGGAAGGACUCCUGAAGACUGAGCACAUUCAUACGCCAAAAAAACCCCCCGUUUGUGGGUGCUGUUGAAGACGUCGAGGAGAUAGAUAGGAUGUCUAUUGUAGCAAGACAAGCUUUCUGUAAAUAGCCAGCGAUGGUGGUCAUUACUAUAUAUUAGGAGCGAGCGGGCACGGCGGGCAGACCAGGUGCGGGACGAGGGGGCCACUAGACCGAGUCGCCACCGUGUGCCUUAUAUCUCCCGGUUUGAAGAUGGUAAGGGCAGUUGUAUAUAUAAAGUCACGUGAAGAAUGACGCUGGAGAGUAGAG